AUGUCGCGCUCGUACUCCCGGCUCGCACAGUUACAGAUACACACCUCGCACAAAGACAAAGAACCAGACACCUUCGGCCCGCACGGUUCCCUUCUACUCCGUACCGUUCUGCCCCCCAAAGACACAGACGGACAGACUGGCAAGACAAGAGACAGACGACAACCCAUGCCGAUAUCUGAAAGAGAGACACUACCAUCCACCACACGCGCCUCCUGGCAAGCACCAGCCCUCAAACGGUGCCAACGAUCGCCGAAAGUCUACAAGACCCCUGAGCCCGGUCGCACCGCUACUACCACCUUGGACCAAUCCGCACACUCUCCUGACGCCGUUAUCCCCUCUAAAGGCUGUGCCACCAAGAAAACCGGCCUAACAGGAAGACGUACCGGCAGGGGCCUCCCUUCUCUUGUCUCUCUCGCUCAAGCUGCGUCUCCUCGACCUCGACCCAGAGUCCUUGACCUACAUCACCAUCGCUUCCCAACCUUACCAUACCAUUACCUCGACCUCGACCUGCCUCUGCUGCUACGGCAAUCAAAGACACACCUCCACGAGCACGCAACCUCCACAACACUUACCACCAACCUAGCUGCCAAAGGACAGCCUACACGUACCUCCUCCUCAGCAUUUCUCCUAUUCCCGCUUCUCAUCUGCGGCUUGCUCCCACGGCUCCCAGUCCCUCUGGAAAGCAGACACUGGCGCCCUCCAUCCCACCAGACCAGCUUCACUCGCUGCGCACACACCCAACGAGCGCCACAGCAAAAGCACAGGCGCAGAAGCCGUGUCUCUGGGCGAGGCAGACAUAACGCAAUCGCUGCCUGUCUGUACGAAUACCGCACUCUCAACGACGACGACAUCUACGACUGCGACAGGCUAGUCACUUACACAGAACCUUCCCCACACCAAACGCUUUCCCACCUUACGCGAUCGGCUUCUGAUUGGUACGAUACGUCCCUCCCGAGUGCUCCAGCGGCGGCGCAAUUAGACCUCCACAGCACGAGCAUCCCUUGUCCAUCCCUUCCACUCCCACUUUCUGAGGAAGUUCGAACAAGAACCACCACCUUGAGAGGAACCACCGUCGACGCCCCUAGGCCCAACAGCCACCGCGACCGACCGAGUUUGCUUUCACACACCCUCCCAGCGCCCCAGCUGCAGCCUUUCCGCUUCACUGGCUUUUCGAUACUAGCCGGGUACUUCACGUCUGUACCAAAACACUACGGAGUACUUCGCAUCUCCCUCCACAUCGCCAGAUUCCCAUCAUCAAGCGAAUUCCCUGGCCACCUUUUCUCGAUACUUUGCGCCGCCAAACCCCACGAUAAACCGACGACCUUGACGCCGCAGGCUCACAAACAAAAUUGUGCCCCCAGCUUCUUCUGUCCUGCCGACCAGGACCCAAGCAGUCUAACGCCAGAGGGACCCCCCGUCACGGUAGUCUCCUAUUGGGUACCUGUCACCAUCAAGCUUCGAGGGGCCCCGGCAAGUCGACCUGCUCUGGCCCGUCAUCUGCUGCGUGCCUACCACUUGCCGGUACCCAAGUCUCAGUCACCUCGUCCCAUUUUCCCAGAGAGCUACGGCUACCCGACUGUCGAACGCAACCAGCCCUGCAUUUACACUGCUUCCCUGAGUCCCCCCAUGCUCUUGGAGCGAAGCAGGCCAGCCAGGAGCCCGUCCCUUCCCUCUUCCAUCCAUACCCGCCGUCCUGACGCACCGCACCGCGCCGCGCGCACACCAUUCUUCCUGGCCGUCUCUCACUUUAACCACUUCAUACUUCGCCUACCACACACUUCCCACCAUCACACCUUGCCUUUGCAUCCAUUUGUCUGCCAUCAGUGCCACCACUCCCUCCCGGUACCUUUCCACCCUGCUCAAUUUCUCUCCUCCUCCCCGAACUUUAAGGCACGAUACAUAACCUUGCGACAACUCCUCCCGCACGCUCCAACUUCUCCCCCCCUUCUCCCAAAACCUGUCCAACCCCCCCAACUUUUCGAUAUCGCUCUCUGCAACAUUCUUUCGUCGCCCUGUAUCCUCCCGUCGCGCACUCGAAAAUCGACACCAACACCCGAUAAUUUCACCGCGUCUUGGCCCAUUUUCCCGCAUUCUUUUCCGAGGCAAUCCAAGGCACCACGCGCCAGCGCAUGCACCGCAACACCGGCGGAUGACAAGCAACCAUAG